AUGGCGCAAACAACCCUCAAGGCCAUGCGCGCCUCGCGCCUGAGCACCCGACAGCUCCGCGCCCCUACCACCGCCCGCGCCUUCUCCUCCACCACCGCUCGCACCCAGUCCCUCGCCCUCGUCGCGCGCAACAACCUCAGGAGAGGUCCUUCCGCCUCCACCGCCGCCGCCCUCCAGUCUCAGAUCCUCUCGAAGCAGCUCUCAAGACCGUACUCGACCGAGGGAGAAGCUCCCAAGCAGAGGCCUGGCGCGAUUAGGUUGACCUUCCGCUGGCUAUGGAGGCUGACCUACCUCUCCGUCCUGGGCUACGUUGGCUAUGUGGGAUACACUGUCUACGCUGAUAGGCAUCCUCCUGCCCAGUCUCCUCCUGAUCCGAACAAGAAGACUUUGGUCAUCCUGGGCACCGGCUGGGGUUCCGUCUCCCUCCUCAAGAAACUCGACACAGACAACUACAACGUCGUCGUCAUCUCCCCCCGGAACUACUUCCUCUUCACGCCCCUCCUCCCCUCAUGCACAACCGGUACCGUCGAGCACCGCUCCAUCAUGGAGCCCAUCCGGACCAUCCUGCACCAAAAGCCCACCGGCGUGACCUACUAUGAAGCCGAGGCCACCGAGAUCGACCCGGACCGCAAGGUUGUCAAGAUGCGCGACGAGUCCGAGAUUAAGGGUACCGUGUCGGAGACCGAGGUCCCCUACGAUAUGCUGGUGAUCGGUGUCGGCGCCGAGAACGCCACCUUUGGUAUCCCUGGCGUGCGCGAACACACCUGCUUCCUCAAGGAGAUCGGCGACGCACAGGCCAUCCGCAAGAAGAUUAUGGACUGCGUCGAGACCGCCGCCUUCAAGGACCAGGACCCCCAGGAGAUCGAUCGCCUCCUACACAUGGUCGUCGUCGGCGGCGGGCCCACUGGCGUAGAGUUCGCCGGCGAGCUGCAGGACUUCUUCGAGCAGGACAUCAAGAAACUCGUGCCGCACUUCAGCGAGCGCUUCAAGGUCACCCUCAUCGAGGCCCUCCCCAGCGUUCUCCCCUCCUUCUCCAAGACCCUCAUCGACUACACCCAGGAAAAGUUUAAGGAACAGACCAUCGACGUCCUCACCCAGACCAUGGUGAAGAAGGUCGAGGAGAAGCAGCUCACCGCCGUCGUCACCCGCCCCGACGGCGUCAAGGAAACCGUCACGAUCCCCUUCGGCCUCCUCGUCUGGGCCACGGGUAACUCUACGCGCCCCAUCGUCCGCGACCUCAUUUCCAAGGUUCCCGCCCAGGCGAACUCGCGCCGCGGUCUCGCUGUCAACGAAUACCUCGUUGUCCAGGGCACGCGCGACAUCUGGGCCGUGGGCGACUGCGCCGUAGCCGGUUACGCGCCCACCGCGCAGGUCGCCUCCCAGGAAGGUAACUUCCUCGCCCGGCUCUUCAACAACAUGGCCAUGACCGAGCACCUCCAGUCGCACAUCGCGCAGCUCAGCUCUUCCCUCAACCUCCAGCCCGGCGCGGACUCGGCCAAGAUUGCCGAAGAGAUUGAGAACUCGGAGAAGCAGCUCCGCCGCAUCAAGGAUGUUAAGCCCUUCCACUACUCGCACCAGGGUAGCUUGGCUUAUAUCGGCAGCGACAGGGCCGUUGCGGACGUUAGGUGGUGGAAUGCCAACUUGGCGACUGGUGGCAAGAUGACCUAUUUCUUCUGGAGGAGCGCGUACCUCUCCAUGUGCUUUAGCACGAGGAACAGGCUUCUUGUUGCGAACGAUUGGGUCAAGUCGAUCGUUUUUGGUCGCGAUGUCUCUCGCGAGUAG